AUGAAUGACCUAUUGAUGGUAGAUGCCGUGGAUGAGGCCCAUGUGGUGAAGGAAAUCGUGAUGCGCUAUCGUCAGAGCUACGUCUAUACGUUCCUUGGGCCCGUGCUCAUCGCAAUGAACCCAUAUACGAUGCUCCGCCAGCCCAAUGGCGACUCAAUCUACGCACGGAAUAUGAUUGAUGAGUUCCAGGGUAAAGAGUUGCAUCUGUGCAAGCCCCACCCCUUUGCACUGGCUGAAAACGCCUAUACGAGUCUCAUGCGCUUUGGUUUGGACCAGAGUUUACUCAUCACGGGUGAGUCAGGCAGUGGCAAGACUGAGACGUCCAAGCACGUUAUGCGAUACCUGACGACUGUCAGUACAUGCUUCAGAGCCAAGAGCGCUGUUAUGGCAAAUCGCCGUAUGUCGGUAGCGCAGCGCAAAGAGGCUGACGACAUGACGAGCCACGUCACUGACGUGCUCUGGGGCAGUAAUCCCGUGUUGGAGGCCUUUGGUAAUGCACAGACGAUCCGCAAUAACAAUAGCAGUCGCUUUGGCAAGUAUAUAGUAUUGCAGAUGAAUCGUGUAGGUCAAGUCAUUGGCGGAUACAUCGACAAUUAUCUGCUGGAACGCAGUCGUGUGAUCCAUCAAGCCGAGGGAGAACGUAACUUUCACUCAUUUUACCAGCUCAUGUCGGGUGCAACGGCAGCGGAACGUGAAGCAUGGCAGUUGCCGGAAAGCGCCGAGGUGUUUGAUGUAUUGAGCAACGAAGACGUGACGAUUGAAGGUGUUGAUGAUGCCAAGAACUAUGUUUCGGUUCGUAAGAAUAUGACGGCUGUGGGCAUUACGGAUGAUGAGCAGCACGAGAUCUUCCAGCAACUUUCGGCAAUUUUGUGGCUUGGCAACGUACAUUUCGAAGAGACGACGGAUGAGGCGCACAACCCUCGCGCUGCUAUUGAGGACCCUAAGGCGCGUGAAGCUCUGGUUAAGGCUGCUAACCUCUUGGGAAUUGACAAGGACAAGCUCGAGGCGUUGCUGACGUUUCGAAUCGUCAAUAUCUACCGCGAAGACCAGAAAGUGCUGUUUGACGCUCGUCAGGCGAAGAAAGUGUGUGACUCGAUCAUGCGCUCGCUGUACGAAAAGAUCUUUGACUGGAUCGUGGCCCGUAUUAACAAAAAUGUGACGUGCAAGAAGCGUGACAUCAACAACAGCAUUGGCAUCUUGGAUAUCUAUGGUUUUGAAAUUUUCGAGGUGAACGCGUUCGAGCAGCUGUGCAUAAACUAUGUGAACGAAAAACUGCAACAGUUGUUCAUUAGUCAGACGCUGGAGAGCGAGCAAGAGGGGUACCGUCGCGAAGGACUGAGCUGGCAAAACAUCGAGUUCUUUAAUAACCAGGUUGUGUGUGACCUGAUCGAAGACCCCAAGCAGCAUGGUAUUUUUCCGCUGUUGGACGAACAGUGCGCCAUUGCGCGUCUGUCGGAUCUGGAGCUCAUUGAACGUUACAACAGUGAGCAUUCAAGGAACCCUCAUUACGUUGCGUCUCGUGUGCGUGGACCCAACUUUGGCAUCUUGCACUACGCCGGCAAGGUCGAGUACGACGUCACGCUAUUCUUUGAUGCCAACGUAGACACGUUCUUUAACGAUCUGCAGGACGGUAUGGAGCACUCGUCGAACGCAUUCAUACGCGAGGUGUUCCUCGACAUGCGCACGAAGGAGCAAACGCUUAAGCGUCCGCCGUCGACAUCGCAGCAGUUCCGAACACAGGUUGCGGACUUGCUUAAAAAGCUGGACGGCUGUAACCCGCACUACAUCCGUUGUAUCAAGCCGAACGAGAAGAAGCGCCCACUAGCUGUGAAUGAGGAGAUUGUUGCAGAGCAAGUCCGUUAUCUUGGUUUGGUGGAAAAUUUGAGUGUGCGCCGUCAGGGUUUCUGCUACAGCCAACCUUAUGGCGCGUUCAUCAAGCGCUACAGCUUUUUGUCGGAAUCCACGUGGCCAGCACCGGUUGCUCACACCUCUCGCAAGGCUGCCGUUGAUUUGUUAACGACUGUUGGACUUGGUGUGAGAAAUCCAGAUAAUAAGAACGAGCUGAUCCCAUUCGAAGAGGACUCCGAAACGCUUGGUUGCUUUUCGCUCGGUCGCAACAAAAUCUUUUUGCGUCAUCCACAAGCUCUUUCUGCGCUGGAGAUCUUGCGCGAAGAGCGCAUACCGGUCAUCGUCAACAUCAUUGAGAAUGCCUGGCGCCGCUACAAGAAUCGUAUUUCGCUCAACGAUUUCCAGGCAGCUUAUAACCAGCUCGUUUCCGCGUACGACGUCGUGUGGAAGAACUGCCAGGAUCGUCAGAAGCGCGUUCCAGGCUCUGCCGACAAAGCUUUUGUUGGAAAGCUGUAUUCGAACUGGGAGGCCGCGUCCACCAAGUUGCUGGACACCAACAACAGCCGUUUAGUGAAGAACCUAAAGAAGAAGGAGGAGCUUAACUCGAUACUCUUCAUGCAGAGCUUUGUCCAGGCGCGUGCGCAACGUCGUGAGUUUCUGAAGCUUAAGAAGGCGCAAAUUGUGUUUAGCAAGCGCUACCGCGGUCUGAGGACACGUAAGCAGCUUGGGAGCGACAUGUGGAGAUCGUGCAAGAUUGCUCUGCUUGGUGUGCGCACAGAGUUCGAGCGCUACUUGGGCAAGAAGAAGCGUCGUCGCGAUUCGUUGGACCGCUUGUACCAGGCUGACUACAUCGGUGUGAACAAGUACCCUGCCUAUGCGUCGAUUAUUCAAGGCCACACUGAAAGCCGGAGUUCCAAAGCAGGUCUCGAUCGUGGUCAUAAAGAAAAGCUGCUGUUCUUGGGCACCGUUGAGAAGGUGAACGAACGCUGGGCGCAUCAGACGCGUGUGCUUAUGAUCAGCGAAACCCGUGUCUUCAACCUGAAGGCUGAUAAGAUCCAGCAGCCGAAGGAGCGGCGUGUGUUUGAAAUAGCCCGCCUCACGGGGCUAGCCAUGAGCACGCAGCCGGACAACUACCUGAUUCUACGUGUGAAGGGUGAGAUUGACCUGAUGGUACAGGUGUCACAGAAGACGGAGGUGGUGCAGGCACUGCGUAGCCGCAUGGAGAAGGGGUAUGGUCGUGAGCUUUCCGUGGAGUUCUCGGACGAACUAGACUUUUACGCUGCGAAAGGUAAACAGUUUAAGGUCAAAUUUGUCUUUGACCGCACAAUGAAGGACUCAGAAUGGAGCAAGGUGGACCGCCAUACGAUGCUCGUCAAGGUCGGCAUCGUCUAA